GCGAUCGUCAUCAUUAUGGAGGAACCCGUAAUGGACGACAUUUCGCUACCUCACAAUGUUCGAGUUGAAGAUAUUUUAGCCAGUUAUUUUACAAAGAAGCUCGAGAACAACGGAACUGAAUCGAUAUCCAUGGACACUGAAGCCGAAAAAACAUCACGGUUGAAGAAGUCUAAAAAACGGAAGCACAGGAAAAAGAAAAAGCAUCGGUAUAAGAAAAGCCUCCCUGAAAGUGACGAGGAUGAGAAGUCCAGCGAUGAAGAAUGCUGGGUUGAAGUCACAGCCAGUACAUUGAAGGAUGUGCCACCCACCGAAACAUCCAUUGUACCUACCCCAUCUUCCAACAUGCCCGAUGCAACACCAGAUCUGUACACAGUGAAGCCUCCCCCUGCCAUCAAUGUGUGUUCAGUGAACAGCGUUUCUGACAGUGAGCAACCUGCCGUAAAAGUUUCUUCAGACGCACAGGAACCGCUAAAACAGGAUUCCGAAGCCCGUGGGACGCCAAAGAACCCUCAAAAUGAGACUGAACCCGUCCCGACAGACAACGGUCCAGUGGCUCAUUUCCCUGCAACAGAAAAGUCUCUCUCUGAAGCUGGAGUUGAUAUCUCUCUUAGCAGUUGUGAUCACAAACCUGCGGCUGCAAAAGAUAAUAGUUGUCCCGAUAAGCUGAAGGACAGAGAAUCGAGUGAAAAGAAAGAAAACGACUUUAGUGAUGUAGCGCAUUCAAAAGGGAAAGAUGAUAGAGUCAAGAAAAGGAGCAGCAAGGAGCGUGAUAACCAAAGGCAUAACAAAAGCCAUGGUAGGCGCAGGGAUCAAGAAAGGGAAGGUGACCACAAUAGGGAAACACACAGGGACAGAAGUAGAAGUUGUGAAAGGGCGCGGAACAGACGUCUGCAUCAUAGUAGGAGUCGCAGCAGGCAGGAUAGGAACCUUGAAAGAAGUCGUCGCAGCAGAAGCUACAACAGGCGACCCCGAAGUGGGAGCCGCGACAGGCGCCCCCGGUGUGGGAGCCGCGACAGGCGCCCCCGGAGUGGUAGCCGAGACAGACGCCGCCGGAGCGGGAGCCGCGACAGGCGACCCCGGACUAGGAGCCGUGACAGACCACGUAGCAGGAGUGCUGACAGAUGGCGGAGAAAUGAUGGCAGACGUCACAGCAGAAGUCACAGCAGGCGUCGUAGCACAAGCAGACAACAUAGCCGAACCCGAGACCACAGGAGAAGUGAUAGCAGCGACCGGCACUGCAGUAGGAGCGGUUCUAAGCGAUACAUCAGAAGUCGAUCCCGACAGCAAACUCAGAAUGAGGAAGAGAAGAGCAGUGGUGGAGACAGAGGCCAGCAGACCAGCGGAAAUCAAAAGCCUCCUCAUGGUGACUUAACGAACACUGCACAGACAAAGUCAGUUCCCGCCGGUAAAGAUUCCUCAAACGAUAAUGUAGGAAGUGGUUACGAAAGCUCUGUGGCAUCUAAGUCUGUGCCUUCUCUGCCAGUGGGUGAUGCAACAGAGAGCGUCAGUGUUCCUGUGCUGGAGGCUUCCAUUGAAAGUAUUAGAGAUUGUACAACACUACAGGAGAGCACGUUAGGUGAUGCUACUGGAGCAACACUCAAAAAUGUUGCUGAGGUUCCUACAAUAUCAUUUUACCCUUGCCCUAUAAGUGCUUUGUCUACCUCAAGUGAAGUUAUCAGAGCAGGAAAUUCAGAAAUUAAUACAAUUCCCCAUGUUCCUGAAGCAAAUACUCUGAUAGGGCAGCAGGAGCCAUCAGAAUGCAAGCUUCCAUCUUCGCUCGAAGUGGAAUGCAUUCCCCUGCCAGAGCAGGUUGACGCACAAGAUGACAAUAGUAGUACACCUAUGGACCUCUGCAAUUCAGAUGAAGAUUUGUCACAUGACAAGAGCGAUGGCACUGAGAUUUCUGAGCUAUGCUGUGAGAAGGACAUGUCUGGCAAGGCUACAACUGACCAUACUGCUUUGGAGAGUAACUCCCAAAUAGCAACAUUAGAUGACAUGCAGGUUCCCAUUGUUGCUCCCAAUAAAGAGGAGCAACUGCAGCAUGAUGAUUACGAGGUUGAGAAUGUUGCGGAGUUCAGUGUUGUAAGUCCGCCACUAUGCCCUCCAGGGGAGCCUGCAUAUAUGGCUGAGGAUACCCCUACACAGAGUGCAGAUCCCCUAUACCAAGAAGGACCUGUGAUUGCGCCGGCAAUUAUGACAGAGACCAAAGCUGUUGCGAAAGAUACAUCAGAUGAACCGGUGAGAAACUUUGUUCCAAUGGGAACAGGCCUUGAUUAUAAACUUGGCCUGCUUUCAACUUUUCACCAAGAUGAUGAAGCACCACCAGGCACUGAGCCUGUCAGACUACCAGUGCCAGAGCAUUAUGGGGUGGCCCCUCCAGUCGUCCCCGAGGAAAUGAUCUCGACCUUGAUCAUGUCCUCCGGUAUAGGUGGAGAGGGUGACACCUCAGGAACGUACGGGAAUAAACCUGUAUCAGAGACUUCAGCAAAUGAAACGAAAGCAAGAGUCAGUGAAGGGGAAAAUGAGAACAGGGAGCCUGAGGUUCAAUCCAGCCACAAGGAAACAUCCGAAAAGUGCAAAGGAGAGAGCCAAAGGCAUCACAAGAAGUCGCAUGCAGCAAGGUCUCGAAGUCGAAGCAGAGAAAGAAAGUCAAGACGUAGCAUGAGUCGCAGCAGGAGGAGGUCAUUCGGAACCCGGAGUACGGAAAGGAAGAGGCGCAGCAGGAGCAGAAGUCGCAGCAAAAGUAGAAGGAAGCCUUCAAAGAAAAGGAGUUGCGAACGCCGCAGCAGAAGAGCUAGCCGUAGUAGGAGCUGCAGGAGGAGCCGCAGCAGAGAGAGAGAACUGCAUUCUGAACAAGGUAAAAGUGAAUGUAAAGACCUUACACAUGGCACGGAAAAGGAGCUGUCUCCAACCCGUACCGAGAUUAAAAAAUCCGAGUCUCCAGGGUGGCCUAGCAUUGCGCACCAGCAGGUGACAGUCGAUUGCCCUGGCAGUCUAACCGAGGACUUCCUUCAAGAGAAAAUGGAGAGUGACGAAACGGUUGCGGAGUCGAGGUCGUCGGUCGUUAUUCUAGAGAAGAGCAGCAUCAAGAUGUUUGGCGUGAACUGCCAGGACGUGUACGAAGCUGCUCACCAUUCUGACAAGUUGAGGGAGAUGGAGAACAUUGUCCCGCAUGACAUUAAAAUUAAAACGGAGGACAGUGUGUCAGAGGCGUGCUUUGCUCCAGAAAUGUCAGGUGGCAAUGCAGAUAGCAGCGACACAAAACAAGUCAUUGAACGGGAUGCUUCUCUCCCAAUAACAUCGAUUGUGUCGCAAGAUGUAGAAGUGCAGCACUACAAGUGCAGUGAUGCGGAGCCUGCUGCACCUCAGGAAAGUCCUGCAGCAGAAGUGAAGAACGAGGGACCUGGAAAUGUGAACGGGGGGACGGACAGAGAUAGUCCUGCCAAAGUCGAGUGCACGGCGAGUGACCAAAAGUCCCCGCAGAGAAUUAAAAAGGAGGGUCGCGGCAAACGCAAGAAAGGCGCUCGAAGAGAUCGAAGCAACAGCGAAGGUAGCAGUCCCAGAAGAACAAAGCGCAGCAAGUGCCGCGCACCACAGAAGAGUAGAAGCAGGAGCAGGUCACAGCCGAAGGUGCAGAGUGUGGAAAGGCAGCCAAAGCAUAGAAGUCGUAGUCGAGAGAAGGCAAGGCAUCGUCGUGGUGCGCGGAGAGGUCGAAGCAAGGAAAAGUCGAGGUGCAGCCGGAGUUCCACUUUGUCCCCGAAGCCUCGAAGUAGGAGUAGGUCAUUGAAGCGUAAUAGUCGGAAUAGAGGAGGUAUUAUGCAUCGAAGAAGUCGCAGUAGAUCCUUGAGGCAUCGGGGCAUCGAUCGCAUGUCAAGGCGUAGGAGUCAAAGCAUCAUCAGGCAGCGUCGCAAAAGAAGCCGUAGCAGGUCACGGCCGCCUAGCAAGAACCGCAGUAGCCUAAAGCCGAGAAGCCCGAGCCGCAAAAAAUCAAAGAGUCCCGUCAAUCAUCCAGGACGUGCUGCAAGGGCAUCCUCCGUUGAAAAAAUUGACAAAGCUCAGCUCCUGGAAGCAGCGAGGCGAAAUGUCAAGGAGAUGAUGGAAAAGGGCACUUUGCCGAGAGGCCUCACUAUAAGUGUGACCACCACAAAACUAAUGACUCAUCCAGCAGCAGCUGAACAACCCAAGAUACCAACGAGUUCUCUGGCUGAUCUCACUGAGUUCUGCAAAGCACUGUCUAAAGAAGAGGAGAAAGAAGAAUCUGGGGAGGCAGAUCCGAAAGAUUCGGGUGAUGAGCCGGCAUUCAAGAUCCACCACCCCUUCAAAGUCAAGGACCCGCCUCCCAUUAGAAUUAACAUUCCUAAUGCUACCCAGCUCCCCGUGAAGACGCUGGCAGAGAAGGUGGCUGAAGCAGCCAACCUCCACAAACAGUUUCCCGUGUCCAGCGGAAAUCAGCACCGCAUCAAGGAGCUUGAGUGGGUGCCAGUUGAGCCCGAGCCAUGCAAGGAAGAUGCCAAAGUUGAAAAGAAGCAGAAAGUCGUCAGGGCCAAGCUGGACGAUACCAAGUCUGCGGCCUCUCCUCCCCUUUCCCUCCCUGCACCUCCUUCCCCUCCUCCAUUGCAGCAAGCGGGGGUGUUCAAUCCUCUGCCAACGGUAAUGAUGGCUCCAGUGUUCGGAACACGAACAGAACAAGAAAGGCCGCCUGUGCAGGUGUGUGCCGUAGCUCCGAUGGUGGUAGCGCAGCAAGGACCUGCCGCAACGUCCAAGCUUACGAGUGAUGGUAUGGAUUUGUGUGAGAUAAUGAGCCGACGUGUGGAAGCCCUUCGUCGUCUCAAAGAGAAUCCCAUGGACAUGGAAGCCAUGCAUAUUUUCCAUGAAUGCCACAAACAGUUCCAGGCAUGGGCACAGUCAAAGCAAGAACCAGGACAGUACACGGGCACUGUAGAUUUCAAGCCACUUACCCCAGAGGAACUUUCAGGACCAUUUCCAGCAUGGGUGAAGAAGGAUCAAUUUGCUAAGGCCAUGCCUGUACUUGAGGGCAUUGGCAUGCAUCUCUUAAGGAAGAUGGGGUGGAAUCCCGGAGAGGGAUUAGGAAAGAAUAAGGAAGGUGCCCUCGAGCCACUGCUACCAAAUAUUAAAACCGAUAAAAAGGGCUUGGUGUCCGAAGAGGAGGUAAAAAGGCAGGUUGUCCCAGCAGUUCAGGAACUGGGAGGAAAGCACCCUGUCUCAGCUCUUACUGAGUACUGCAUCAAGCAUAGACUUGGUCCACCAGAAUUUACCCUGGCAAACGAAAGCGGGCCAGAUCACAAGAAGACAUUCAUCUUCAAAGUGAAAGUCAACGGCCAAGAGUACCAGCCAGUGGAACGAAGCAUCAACAAGAAACAUGCAAAAGCUCAAGCUGCUUUGGUCUGCUUGCAACACUUAGGGAUUGUUGCCAAGAACUUUACUUCUGGUGAAAGUGCUUAUCUCCAUUCUGUAGAGGCUGGCACCCCACAGUAGCCCCAGUUCUCCAGGUGCACACUCCAUGGUGCAAAGUUACUCAUGUAGGAGGCAAAUGAUGUCCCUGGAGUACUAUCCUGCCAUGUUUCCUCAAUGCAGACGUCGUUUGUGACACACCGUGCGAUGUGUGAGGAUGUAUUGUGGCCAGGAGAGGUCCAAGAGGGUGGCUGCCGGUGCAUGCCUAAGGAGCUUAUCUGAAGCUGAGCUGACUUAAGCCUCUGUUUGUUCAUUCUGUGUUUUCCAUCAGUCACAAAAAACACCAGACAAACUCACAAAGUCAGGUAUGAAGCAAAGCACUGUGUUCUCACAUAUCAGAGAUGCUGAAGUGUAGCAUCCACACAGUUUGUAGUUAUGUACAUACCGCCAUGCCUAGCAUCAUGACGAUGUUUUGUGUCUCAUGUUCUGUGGUAUCUUCCUUGUGAUAUCCAUCCUCAUAUUUUAGUAAACUGUACUCUUAACUGUGAUCAACGACUAAAUGGUGUCAGCACAAUGGUGUACUGUCACUGGACAUUUGCCUGUGGAAAUAAAGUUUUGAAAAGAU